UUGUUCAGUUUGUUACUACUUACAGUAAAAUAAUGAUAACAAAAUUAUGGCGGAACGGGCAAUAAGUCAAAAAAAGCCCCAAUUUUUGAAUACUUUUGCCCCGAAAAAAACCUCUCUCGAUGAAUUAGUUAGAGAUAAAUUGGAACCUGGUAAAUUUCUCUUAACAAAAACAGGAUGGACGAAAACAAUGGCUAUGAUUGUGUGUUUAGCAGCUUUGGCCUUAUUUUUGCCUCAAAGUUGGGACCAGUGUUUCGACAAGCCCGACUGGUUCACUGUGGUUUUUCCUAUCUGUGUUGGGUGUAAUAUUGUGGUACAAUUUUUGUUUUAUCUCAUGUUUUCAUGUGGGUGUACAGUGAAGUCUCCCGGAAAGUGGGUUACAGCAGACAUCAUUUCAAAUUUAAUAUUUUCUUUCGUUGGAAUUAUUGGCUCGGUGAUGACAGUGGCAUCAAACGUGGAGUGUAAGGAAAAUCCAACCAUGCAUAAAGUGCCAGGGUUUUUAGGAAUUAUUGGUGGGGUUCUCUCGGUUAUGGGUUGCGCUGCUAUAUUUCUAAUGUAUCGAUAUGUGGAAGAAGAAGAAGACGUACCAGCUCCUCAAACGCCCUUAGAAAGAAACAUAGAUCUCAGAAAGUCAAUACAUGCCUAGUUAUGUCUUUUACAAUUUUUAAAACAAUAUUUCUAUUCAGAGUGAGAAUAACUCCGAUUUUGAGAUUAAUUUAUUACAAACAUGCGCGAGAAGCAUUAUUACAAUAAACAGAAAAAUAUCAUCAUA